AUGCUACAACAGACUAUUAGAGGAACCAGAGCACUCCAGACAUUGUCUUUGCGUGCUACCAGAAGCAUUUCUGGUGCGAGCUCGAGCAACCCUAAGUCCAAAACUCCAAAAAGCCCUUCGCAGGAACAGCUGGACGCAAAUAAGAAGAAGCUAGAAGAUCUUGAAAAAAAAUCGGGCUCUGUGGGAGGAGGAAAGUACGAGAGACCCAGCCGUGAAGAGCUCAAGAAAAAGGGCACGGAUGCGCAAAUCGAGCAGCAGAGACCCGACGAUGGAGUCUACUAG